CACUAUAUAUACCACAGGCAGAGUUCUCAAACAAUUGUGCAAAGGCAAGACAGUCAGAGUGAACCAGCUAAAACCAAACAGGCCAAAAUGGGAAAGAUCAUUUUCUACGAGGACAGGAACUUUGGAGGUCGCCACUAUGAGUGUAUGAGCGACUGUACCGACCUCAGCUCAUACUUCAGCCGCUGCAACUCCUGCAGGGUGGAGAGUGGCUGCUUCAUGCUGUAUGAGCGUCCCAACUACAUGGGCCACCAGUACUUCCUGAGUCGUGGGGAGUACCCUGACUACCACCGCUGGAUGGGCAUGUCUGACAGUAUCCGCUCCUGCCGCAUGAUCCCCAUGGUAAGUAUGAGGGGGUCCCACAGAAUGCGCAUGUAUGAAAGGAUGGAGUUUGGGGGCCAGAUGAUGGAGCUGAUGGACGACUGCACCAACUUCAUGGACCGCUUCCACAUGUCCGACAUCCAGUCCUGUAAUGUGAUGGAAGGCCACUGGCUGUUCUAUGACCAGCCCCACUACAGAGGCCGGAUGUACUACAUGAGGCCUGGAGAGUACCGGAGGUACAGUGACUGGGGCGGCAUGAGCUCCAGGAUCGGGUCCGUCAGGCGCAUCAUGGAUUAUUGA